CAGCAAGUAUUCAACUAUUCACUACUCCAGUAGCCGAAAGCCAUGCCAUAUUUGAUACAUGUGUGACCAAAUUUAUAACCGACAACUUAUGAAAUAUUUAAAAGUUUAUUAUUAUUUGCAAAACACCUAAUGUUUAAGAGUAUUGGAUAUAAAGUUCAUGUUUGUAUUUUUAAAGAAAUUAAACGAUAUUAUUUUCCCACUAAUCGACUUUUUAACAACUUCUUUCAAAUUAUGAAGAUCGGUACUCACGAUGGUGUCUUUCAUUGCGACGAAGUUCUGGCUUGCUUUUUGCUCAAGCGCCUUCCGGAGUUCAAAGACGCUGAAAUUAUCAGAACAAGAGAUAUGGAAAAACUUAAUCAAUGUGACAUAGUAGUCGACGUCGGUGCCGAGUUUAAUCAUGAGAAAAAACGUUACGAUCACCAUCAGCGCGAAUUUAAUGCAACAUUAAGCUCCUUAAGACCUGAGCUUGGUGGUAAAUACAACAUUAAAUUAAGUUCUGCUGGGCUUGUGUAUGCAUUUUAUGGAGAGAAAGUCAUCCAGUCACUAGCACAUAAGGACCAUCCUCUUUCACUUGAAGUUUUGAAAAUAAUCUAUAAAAAAGUUUAUGAACAUUUGAUUGAAGAAAUGGAUGCUAUAGACAAUGGAGUACCAAUGACAGAUGAGGAACCUAGAUACAAAAUACGUACACAUUUAAGUGCUCGCAUACACAGACUGAACCCUGAAUGGAAUUCUGACCUCAAUGUUAAUGUUGAGACUGGAUUUAAAAAAGCAUUAGCUCUCGUUGGUGAAGAAUUCUUAUACAAUGUCAAUUAUUUUUUGUCUGUUUGGUUACCUGCUAGAGAUUAUGUAAAGUCUGCAUUAGAAGAAAGAUAUCAGAUUCAUGAAUCUGGUAAAAUUCUAGAAUUCAAAGAAAGAUUUCCUUGGAAAGAACAUCUGUUUGAAUUGGAAGAAGAGAUGGGUUUGAGCGGUGAGAUCUUGUAUGUUGUGUUUAAUGAUAAACCCAAGUCAUGGAGAGUACAAGCAGUGCCAGUUUCUCCUAGCAGUUUUAUAACAAGAAAAGCACUUCAUAAAAAAUGGUGGGGAGUUCGAGAUGAGCUACUGAGUGAUGUUUCUGGUAUCAAGGAGUGCAUAUUUUGUCACAGCACCGGCUUCAUCGGAGGCAAUGCUACAAGAGAUGGUGCUGUAGCAAUGGCUAUAGCCAGCCUGCAGGCUGACCUGGAUACAGAAUAAAUUAUGAAAAGAAUACUUGAA